UAAAAUAAGUACUUAAACCUGUCUGUAAAGUAAUCCUCGCUUAUCCAUAGCUAGGUAUAGGUUUCAUUGCCAGGUUCGAAAAUGGCUACCGCUUCCUCAGAACGCCCGCCUCAUGUAUACGUCAGAUUCCGGUGUUCGUCUGUAGUCUUGGCGCGAAACUUUAUCGGCGGUGUCGGGCUUUGGUCCACUAUGUUUUGUGAAAAGGCAAUAGAGCUGAUCCGGGAGCUACAACGUGCUUCGGAUGGACAGCUCCCCGCCUUCAACGAGGAUGGGAUCCGACAGGUUCUUGAAGAAAUGAAAGCUUUAUAUGAACAGAACCAGGCAGAUGUUAACGAAGCAAAGUCUGAAGGCCGCAGCGACCUCAUACCAACUAUUAAGUUCCGCCAUUGUUGUCUGCUAAGGAAUCGCCGCUGCAUUGUAGCGUAUCUGUAUGACCGCUUACUUCGGAUCCGUGCUCUCCGAUGGGAAUAUGGCAGUGUGCUCCCCAAUGCUUUGAGAUUCCACAUGUCUGCAGAAGAGACUGACUGGUUUAAUCAGUACAAAAGGUCCUUGGCCACAUACAUGAGAUCCCUAGGAGGUGAAGAGGGUUUGGAUUUAACCCAGGAUAUGAAGCCGCCAAAAAGCUUAUAUAUUGAGGUACGCUGCAUAAGAGACUACGGGGAGUUUGAAAUUGAAGAUGGAACAUCAAUUCUCUUAAAGAAAAACAGCCAGCAUUUUUUGCCAAGAUGGAAAUGUGAGCAGUUAAUUAGACAAGGCGUUCUGGAACACGUGUUAUCUUAAAAAUGCUCUCCUUGUCUCGCUCAUUAUAGACCAAUAUAAAUUUAUAGCCUUCACUCUGAUCAGCACCAGAAUGUAUUUAUCUAUGACUAAAUGUUGAAUUAUACUUCUGCGUCCCUGUCUGUGUAAUAAAACAUAAUGGCUUACAA